AUGUAUCGCCGAGCCAUGGAGGACAAUAUCAGCAAAGGGUAUGCAGUCAUGCUGACAGAAGAAGAAGCUGCCACCAGUAACCAGAAGACAUGGUAUUUGCUACACCAUGGUGUGGAAAGCCCAAAUAAACCUGGUAGAAUCAGGGUGGUGUUUGACGCGGCGUCGUCGUUUGGAGGGACUUUGUUGAACCAGGAAUUACUGCAAGGGCCAGACAUUAAUAAUAGUCUUGUUGGUGUCUUGGCUAGAUUCCGGGAGAACCCCAUUGCCAUAGUCGCAGACAUCGAGGCGAUGUUUAUGCAAUUCAAGGUGCCUGCAGACGACGCUGAUGCCUUACGAUUCCUGUGGUCACAAGAUUCGGAAGCUGAACCAAAGACAUAUCGCAUGACACGCCAUAUCUUUGGGGCAACGGAUAGCCCCAGCAUAUGUACGUAUGGACUAAAAAGAUGUGCAUUGGAUAAUGAAGCUGAUUUCGAUCCAAUGGUUGCAGCCACAGUGCUCCGUAGUUUCUACAUGGAUGACUUGUAUAAGUCUACAGCAGCGUCAAUAGCAAUAAGGCUAGCACUCCAGCUAAUCGAAAUGUUAGAUAAGGCUCAUCUGACAUUGACAAAGUUUGUUUCAAACUCGUUGGAAGUUUUGAAGGCGAUACCUGAAUCGAGAAGAGCAACAGGGUGCAAGGAUCUUAUGAUUGGAUGUGACCUUCCUACAGAGCGAGCCUUAGGUAUAACCUGGGAUGUAGCAUCAGACACCUUAAGUGUUAAGGUAGCGGAGAUGAAUCAACCGAACACAAGGCGAGGAUGUCUCAGUGACGUGAGUUCCUUGUAUGACCCUCUGAAAAUGGUUGGACCGGUCACACUACCUGCCAAGCGAAUUCUUAAGAUGACAAGCAAACUUAACGUUGGAUGGGAUGAGCAGCUGCCGGACGUGUUGCUAAGUUCAUGGCUGAAGUGGAAAGUCAGUCUAAGGGGGCUAGGAGAACUUCGCAUCCCGAGAUGCUACUUUCCAGAAGAGACUCCAGUUAGCAUAGAGCUACACCACUUUGGAGACGCGUCUGAAGUAGGAUAUGGAACAGUCAGUUAUCUUCGCAAGGUGAAGGAUGAUGGAACAGCCCACUGCUCGUUCGUUAUGGCUAAAGGAAGGACAGCGCCAUCAGUCUUUGUGUCAGUUCCGAGACUGGAACUUCAAGCUGCCGUAGUUGCGUCAAGGGUGGAUAGACUUAUCCGGAGGGAGCUGGAUGUAGAAGUGGACAGAGUCGUAUUUUGGACAGACUCCAGAAUAACACUACAAUACAUAAGGAAUGAAUCCAUGAGGUUCAAAACCUACGUUGCCAACAGGGUAACAGAGAUUAGGGAUUCUAGCAGGCCGGAUCAGUGGAGGCACGUCCCGGGGAAGGAUAAUCCCGCUGACGAUAUCUCAAGAGGUCAGUCAGUUUUCAUGAAGUGUUCAUGA